AUGCUGGUCUUCGCGCAUGGGCAGUGGGCGGCGACUCCCACAAUAGAGAGGGAGGCGGGCGCUAAAAUGCUCAGAAUGCUUUUGGAGAUGUACGCGAUGUGUAAACUGUCGGCGAAGGACUUCGCCACGCUCUGCCACUACGGCCAGCAAUCCAAUAUCAAAGGCGGAGAUUGGGGCCGCUACGCCUGCAGUCCAGGACAGAGCACUGGCAAUUACCAACAGCACUUGGAUCGGGUCAUACCGCCGCCAAAUGGGCACUUCGAGAAUGUAAGCGUCCCGAUGUUCGACCAGAUACACGGCCGUGUGACUCGGAUAGUCCCAUGUAAAAUUAUUUGGAGUUCGUUGGAGGAAGAGUACGCGGCUGACCUAACCAUUGCCAGGGACCUAGCUGCAGGCGCAAAGCCAGUGAUGACUGUGCCAGCAUACCUUCAACACCCCGCCGUGCUUGAGGCGACCCAGUUGGGUCGUCAGCGUCCUGUCCCGAUGGGCGUAUACAUGGACGGCGUACAAUACAUGGCCCAAGCAUCGGGCAGGAACGACACAUCCCUCGGAUUUUGGGCGAUCAACUUGCUCAGUGGUCGCCGCCACUUCGCAUGCGCCACCAAGAACCAGGACGCGUGUCAGUGUGGAUGCAGGGGCAAUUGCACGAACUUCCCUCUCAUGCAUCAGAUGGAAUGGCAGUUUCGGGCCCUGCUGAACGGCAAGGUACCGCUCACGCUUGCUGAUGGCAAGACGAAGCUGCCAGAGGCCUGGGAGCCAGGCAGGUGGCACAAGCCAGCUAAAGGCAUUGGUGGGAGGCAGGUCGCCAUGGCGGUGGUCGUCAAUGGAGUCCACUUGACGGCAGGGGACAUACUAUGUCCAUCGAAGUCUUUGCCAGACGUGGGCGCGCUCAGCAGCAUUGCGCCACCGUCUUUUGUCACGUUCUGGCGCCACAGGCUGGACCCAGACGGCAAGGUCAUGGACGGCAUCAAUUACAGAUGCGCGCUCUUCCCCCGAGAGCUGACAACGUCUCCGUCGCAAUCUCUCUGCGUUGACGUGCUGCACACAUUGUACUUUGGACCGGCAAUGCGCUGGCUGAGCGCAUCAUUGCACAGAAUUAUUCUCAAAAACACGUUGCGGCUAGGCGGUGGCAUAGAUCAGGUGCACAGCAACGCAAUAGGGUUCACCAGGGCCGACAUGGCCAUCUACAUGGGCGCAUGCGUGCCGCAGGAGCGGCGCCUGAACACCUUGACUGUCAAGAUGCUCGGGAAGCGCCACGGCGCUACAUUGCAG